CAGACGGUCAGGUGGGAGUAAGAAGUCACUGGUUGGCGUAGGUCUCCACAGAGGUUGUGCCUACAGGACCUGUGUGCACCAUGCGAGUACCUUGAGAGGCCCGAAGAGGGCGUCAAAUCCCCUGAAGCUGGAGGGGAGGAAGCCUGAAGAAGAAUGGCCAGCUCCAGUUCUCAACACACGGUCUGUGGGUCAGUGACGUUUAGGGACGUGGCUAUUGACUUCUCUAAGGAGGAGUGGGCCUGCCUGGAUGCUACUCAGAAGGUCCUAUACAGGGACACGAUGUUGGAGACCUACCGCCACCUCGUCUCAGUGGUGGGGAGUUGCCUUUCCAAGCCCCUGAUCACCUUACUAGGCAGGAAAAAGGCCUGGAUGGCUGUGAAGAAAACAGACAGGCCGAGCCCAGGUGUGAAGACAUGUUUUAAAGCUGAAAAUGUUUCUGAUAUAAACGUAUACAAACAGAGCACAAAGCACUUAAGUAAAACUUUUGACCUCAAAGAGUCUACUUUUAGUGAUGGCCCCAACUACAGGACACUCAGUGGACUACAGGGUUGUCAAGGAGAUGCUGGUCAAAAGAGUAAUAGCAAGGACGGAACGCCUCCUUACACCUGCCAGGCUCUUGCUCACAAUGUAGAAAGAGCCUAUGAAUGUAAGGAGUGUGGGAAGGCCUUCAGACUCCAGCAACUGCUUACAAGACAUCAGAAGUCUCACAGUGGUGAGAAACCUUUCAAGUGCAAUGAAUGUGGAAAGGCGUUUUAUCUUCCUGGCCUGCUCAAGUACCAUAAAACCAUCCAUACACGUGAGAAAACAUUUGAAUGUGAAGAAUGUGGGAAGUCCUUUAACCGUGUCUCCCACCUCGUUGAACACAGGACCAUUCAUGCUGGCGUGAAACCCUAUGAGUGUGAUGACUGUGGGAAAGCCUUUAAACGUCGCUCAUACCUUAUGCAGCAUCAGAAAAUUCAUUCUGGUGACAAACCCUUUCAGUGUAAGGAAUGUGGGAAGGCCUUCACUGUUCUGGCCCAGCUCACUCAACACCAGAACACUCAUACUUCAGAGAAAUUUGAAUGUAAGCAGUGUGGGAAGAUAUUUAGUGGUGGUUUUUACCUUGUACGACACCAGAGCAUUCACACUGGUGAGAGGCCCUUCGAAUGUAAUGUAUGUGGGAAGGCCUUUAGGCUUCAGGUGUACCUUAAUGAGCAUCAGAAAACACACACCGAUGAGAAGCCCUUCAAGUGUAAGCUCUGUGAGUCGGCCUUCAGACGUAAGUACCAGCUCAGUGAACAUCAGAAAAUUCAUACCAAUGUGAAACCCUAUCAGUGCAAGGAUUGUGGGAAAUUCUUUCGCCGACGUUCGAAUUUUACUGAGCACCAGAGUAUUCACACCGGAAAGAAACCCUUCGAGUGUAAGCAGUGUGGGAAGGUCUUUAGGCUUAAUAUACAUCUCCUUCGUCAUCAGAGUUUUCAUAGUGGGAAGAGACCUUUUGAAUGCAAUGAAUGUGGAAAGGGUUUUCAUUUCUCCAGCCAGCUUAAUUACCAUAAAACCAUUCAUACGGGUCAGACACCUUUUGAAUGUGAAAAAUGUGGGAAGUCCUUCAAGCGCGCCUGCAGCCUUUUAGAGCAUAGGGUUAUUCAUGCUGCUGUGAAACCGUAUGAGUGCAAUGAGUGUGGGAAAACUUUUAAUCGUCGCUCAAACCUCGUGCAACAUCAGAAGAUUCAUUCUGGUGAGAGACCCUUUGAGUGUAAGGACUGUGGGAAGGGCUUCACCGUGCUGGCUCAGCUCACACGACACCAGACAAUUCAUACCGGAGAGAAAUCAUUUGAAUGUGAGCAGUGUGGGUCAGCCUUCAGACUCCAGUACCAACUUACUCAACAUCAGAGAAUUCAUACUGAUGUGAAACCAUUCGAGUGCAAGGAAUGUGGAAAGGGCUUUGUUCGUGGCACAGCUCUUAGAAUCCAUGAAAGAAUCCAUACUGGUGAGAGGCCCUUUCUGUGUAAGGAAUGCGGAGAAGGUUUUCAAUAUCAUUAUCAAUUUCUUGGACAUUCUAGAACUCAUACUGGCAAGAAGCCUUAUGAAUGUAAUGAAUGUGGGAAGUACUUUGCUCGUGAUAGAAACCUUAAAGUACAUCAAAGAAUUCACACUGGUAAGAAACCAUAGACUAGUGUUAAGACUGUGGGAAGGCCUUUAAUUGAAAAUCAAGCUUGGUUUGACACGCUAAAAUUCAUAUUAAUAAGAAGCCUUAUGAUGUAAGGUAUCUGGAAAGACCUUCAGUAAUUCUAAGCUAGCUGUAUGUAAAAGAAUUCAUACUGAUAAGAAAAUGUUAAUGUCACUGGUGGUGGAGAGAGAACCACCACACCACAGUUUAAAGCCAAAUUUGAAGUAAGCUUUAAGUAAAUACUAGCCAGGUUAUGGACUCUCUGGCCAGGUCCAGCUUUGGGUUUCCAGAAAUAACCAUGAAUCCUCUGUUGCAGGGGCUUAGAAAGGCAAUCCCACAAGGCCACGUAUUUCCCACCAGGUACAAGCAAGGCCAAGCAUAUAAUCUGACUUAUUUCCUGCCUAUGUACCUCCCGCCUGCAUGUCAAAUCAGCGGCCAGGGUGCAUCCUGAUAUAUUUCCUUCUCAUGUACUUCCUCUCCAACUUGUGAUCAAGCACAUCUGGUGUAUUUGGGGCAAACAAAUUUACUAAGGAGAAUGAAAACAUGUGACUGGUUAUUGCCCAUAAACAAUAGCCUCCAGCAUUUCAGGAAGUAUUUGAUCUUGGGCAAGGGGCUUACAGGUUAACAGCAUUUUGUUUCAUGUGUUUUGAGGCACAGUAAUUAAAACUUGAAAUGUAACUUUGGCUCUCAGAAAACCCUGUGAAGGUAAGAAAUGUGGAAAAAUAUGUAGAUUUAGUUUAGUCUUUACUACACAUUGGAGAAUUCAUACUGGUAUGAAACCCUUAUCACUGUAAAUAAUGUGGAAAGACCUUUAAUUAGACCUCAGGUGUUCUUCAUAAUAAAAUAAUCCAUGCUGGUGUCAAACACUAUGACUGCAAUGGAAUGUGGCAACAUUUAUAGAAUUAGCUCAGUUCUCAAAGCUCAUC